AUGCCAAACGUCACGGACGAAGAGCUUAACGGAGCAGCGGCUGCCUUGCUUGGUCUGCACGCGAGGAACGCCAGCAGCAAGGAAGUUCCGCCGGCAGUCGCCCCCGCGCCAAGGCCAGCCCCCGUGGCGACCCGGGCGGACAACGACCAAUCCAAGCCCCUGUACCAGGGGAUGCCAAGAGGCCAAAAUCCGACCUCACCGUCCGUGCCACCAGUCGCAGCAGCAGGGGACAAGGGGGGGCGGACCAACCCGCAGCAACAGCAGCAGCCGAUCCCGGACGAGGAGCCACGCUCACACCCCUACCCGUUCUAUCCGUCGCCGGUGCUCGCCUCGAGGUCUGGCCCGCCGUCGCACCCGGAGGAGCAGCAGCAGCAGCGGCGGCGGCGACGGCGGCGGCAGCGGCAGCGGCGGCGGAACUCGCCCGGCCGGCGCCGGCCAAGCGUCACUCCUCCGAGACGACGAACGAGGCGGACAGCGGCAGCGACGGUGAAGAGGACGACGAACGCCACCGCCACCACCGCAGCAAGGUGUUCUUGGUGGACGGGGGGAGCGGGGUGCCUCGGGCGGUUAGCGGCGGGGUGGAGCGCGGCGUCAGCGGCGGCGUCGUGCGCGCGGUCAGCGGAGGUUCGACCGUCUGCGGCGACGAGGAUGCGGCGGCAGCGACCUCCUCCGGCCUGCCCGCCGCCGGCGAAGGCCUCCUCCUCCAAGGUCGGGGACCUGUUCCAGCUCAUGCGCAACGUCACCAUGAGCUUCGGCGGGGGCGGCGGCGGGGGCGGCGGCGGCAGCCGCGGCGGGGCGGGCGGGGCGGUUGACGGAGAGGAGAACCUCGCCCGCGAGCCCGGGAAGCCGGUCAAGUACCGGUACCGCCAGGAGGCCGCCAGGUCCAGGAAGCGGACGCGGGGCCGGUUCGUGAGCGAGAAGGCGCCGGCGUUCGUGUCCAUCACGGAGCUGAUGGCGCUACGGCGGGCGGAGCGCGAGCGGCAGCAGAAGGCGGAGACGACGCCCGUGCCGGUGGGGGCUGGGUGAUGUCGAGGACGGCCCCCCAACACCCUGCGGCGGCCGCCAGGGGAGAAGAAGAAAUGUGCUUUUGCACGCGCAACAUGCUGUUUGUUGUUUUGCGAAGGGAUGUCAUGGUGGGUGUGAACAGUGGAGGAGGUACAACUUGCGUUUGUUUCUAGAACAAGUAAAUUUGUCUACUCAUAUUUUUCUUGCGUACGGUAUAAAACACCACUUUUGACCGAGAUAUUCAUGCACGUCUCUCUCUUAGGACAGAGCAGACCGAACGGUUAUGCUAUGUACGAUAACAGUUUUUUUUUUUUUUCCCAUACCGGCAAUGAACGACCGCCGGUCGAGCCUACCCGUCUGUCGGAUUCCGCUCUUCGUGUGUACAUACGGCAUAGGGUUUGCACUCUUUCGCGAUAGACGUGUUCGCACUCUUUCCUUCGCAUUCGUGUUGAAAACGGUUGCCGGUCUUGGUAGGUACACAGUACCUUCUACCUGGUGGAGAGAAGGCGACCAUGUUGUUCGUGUUUUGCGCGGAAAAGUUAGGCCAGGUACAAACUUCUUCGUGCACUCUGUCAAAAGGGCGUGCGCCUGUACUUCUUUCUUUAUUUUUUUUCCUCAGCCGGUGAGGUUUCCGGUGACGUAGAGGGCGGCGGGGGUUGAGGGCCGGGGGGAGGGGUAGUCAAACCCGUCCCUUGGGUGAUGUGGCUGUGUUUUAUCCCGUGGCGGAGGCGCGUGCAGUGUGUGCUUGGUUACUUGAGAAAGCCAGCAGAUUUCGUCGUUGGUCGUAGCGGGGAUGGCUUGCUCCCGUGUUGAAUGUCGAAGCAUGUACGCCCGCGCCCUUGUUGCAGUGGUCCUCUUUCGUGCCGCACGCCCUUACCGUGGUCACUCGUACAGCGUGCAAGCGGAGACGACUUUUUUGUGCUCUGCGUCGUGCAGAGAAGAAGUGUCGUUUGUUUUUUGUUUUCCUAAAUCGGGCGGGUUGAGGCUG